AUGAAUGUCGGUAAACAUACUGAGGAAAAUGAUUCAAAUGGUCAUCCAGUUAUUGUCCCUUCUUGGGGAGUGUGUUUUAAGAGUAUUGGAUUUCAGCAACAGUUGCUCAGUCAAGACCAAGCUGGUAUUAGGCGUAAAAUGGCCAUUUGGUCUUUUAAUGGUAUUGUUUCAUCAUCUGAAGGUGUUGUAAAUACCGGAAUACCUAUUUAUACCUGA